GGGCUGCUGACCAGCGGAGGCAGCAACAAGUUCAGCUGAAGACUGAAGCGAGAGCUGGGUCAGGUGGUAGCCACAGCAGCCACAGUGACCUCGGCAACCAUGGCCUCCUGCCCAGACUCGGACAAUAGCUGGGUGCUUGCCGGCUCUGAGAACCUGCCUGUGGAGACCCUGGGUCCAGAAUCCAGGAUGGACCCAGAAUCUGAGAAAGGGCCCCCUUGCAGCCCCUCUAAGAAGGAUGAUGAAGAGUUAGCUGGGGCCUUAGUUGGAGAAGAGACCAUCUUGCAGACUGACAGCUCACAGACAGGCCCCAUUCCACUGGAGGAGAGUGGGGCCAAGGGUAUCCUGGAAAGUGAUGGCUGUGCUAUGGAACCCCCUCACCCUGGAGACACAGUGGCCCAGGGAGACUUGGAGGAGACCCAUGUGGCGGCAGACUUGGACACACAGGAUCUAGAGGACCACAGCCACCCGCGGAGCCGGCCCUCAUCCCCCAAAGCAGUCCUCAUCCCUUCUCCAGAGUGGAUCAGGGCGGACGUCCAGUGCUCUAGCAGUGAGGAUGACACUGACGUGGAUGUGGAGGGUCUACGCAGACGGCGGGGCCGGGAGCCCAGUGCUCCUCAGCCCAGGGCAUCCCUGGAUGUGGAGGACCAGACCGGGAAUGAGGGUGCGGAUGGAGAACUGGGAAUCUCCCUCAACAUGUGCCUCCUUGGGGCCCUGGUUCUGCUGGGCCUGGGGAUGCUCCUCUUUUCUGGUGGCCUCUCAGAGUCUGAGGGUGGGCCCAUGGAGGAAGUGGAACUGCAGGUCUUUCCAGAUACAGGGGCAGAUGCUGAGAUGCCGGGUGCCGAGGGGGAUGGGCAGGAUAGGCUAAGGCAGCAGCUGCAGGCCUCCGCACCCCCUGACGGUGUCCCCAGCCUGCAGAACAUGGCCCUUCUUCUGGACAAGCUGGCCAAGGAGAACCAGGACAUCCGGCUGCUGCAGGCCCAGCUGCAGGCCCAGAAGGAAGAGCUUCAGAGCCUGAUGCACCAGCCCAAAGGCCUAGAAGAGGAAAAUGCUCGGCUCCGAGGGGCCCUCCAGCAGGGCGAGGCCUCCCAGCAGGCUCUGGAGUCAGAGCUGCAGCAGCUGCGGGCCCGACUCCAGGGGCUGGAGGCUGGCUGUGUCCGGGGCACAGAUGGGGUGUGCCUCAACUGGGGCACAGGCCCACAGGGGGGCCAGGUCAGCAAGGAGCAACACCCCAGGGGACAGCAGCCAGGCCCUGACUUCGUGGAGCAGAAGGAACGACUAGAGGCUGAGGCCCAAACAUUAAGGCAGGAGCUGGAGAGGCAGCGGCGGCUGCUAGGGUCUGUGCAGAAGGACCUAGUGCAGAGUUUGAAGCGUGCGGGCCGAGGGGACCUGGCUCAUGCUGGCCUGGCUGAGCUGGGCCACAGAUUGGCCCGGAAGCUGGAGGGCCUGCAAAGCUGGGACCAGGGCAUCCUGACCAAUGCUUCAGAAGCCUGGCAUCAGGAGUCCCGCUUCCAGAGUCCCAGAGAGCGUAGUGGAAAGGACAAGAGGCGGGAAGAGCAGGGGGACCGGAAGGUUGAGCAUUGGAAGUACAAGAAAGAGGAAUCUGGUGGGGAAAGAACGAAGAGCUGGGGGGGUGAGGAUAGGGAGCUGGCAGGGAGGUGGAAGGAGGGCAAGCCAAGAGUAGAAGAGUGGGGCAGCAAGAAGGAUGGCAAGCGACAAGUCCCCCAGGCGCCCCCCAGGAAAAAUGGGAGCCCCCACUUCUCUGGGGAAAGGCAGAAGCAGCCUUGGUGGAAGGAAGGGUCUAAAGAUAGGCACGACACCCUGCCACCCUGGGCAGAGCUGUCGAGGCACAAGUACCGGGCACCCCAGGGCUGCUCAGGUGUGCAUGAAUGUGCACGGCAGGAGGGCCUGGCCUUAUUUGGCAUGGAGCUAGCCCCAGUGCGGCAACAGGAGUUGGCCUCUCUACUGAGGACAUACCUGGCACGGCUGCCCUGGGCAGGGCAGCUGACCGAGGAGCUCCCCCUCUCUCCUGCUUACUUUGGUGAGGAUGGCAUUUUUCGCCAUGACCGCCUUCGUUUCCGGGACUUUGUGGAUGCCUUGGAGGACAGCCUGGAGGAGGUGGCUGUGAGACAGACAGGUGAUGACGAUGAAGUGGAUGACUUUGAGGAGUUUAUCUUUAGCCACUUCUUUGGAGACAAAGCAUUGAAGAAGAGGUCAGGAAAGAAGGAUAAACACUUGUGGAGCCCCAGAGUGGUGGGGCCCAGGGAGGAGCACAGCCAGCACCACCGGGGCUAAGGCCUUGUGUUGUCUAAUGCCUGGGGGCUGGCCUCCCAGUUAAACUGCCCUCUUCUUGGGAUGGUUCGUGUCUUUGGCUUGCCCACACAGAGGAGAUCACCCAGCCUUGCACUGAAGCUACUUGCGCUAGAAAAAGGUCACAGCCAGACCAGCCUAGCUGUCUGUGCAAAUGUAUGCAAAUGCUCAGGGCCUUGGGCGCCGGACCUAGGCUGCCAGACUUGUGCCCUUGUGAAGGGGGGAGGGGAGGGGAGCCUGGAGGGUUUGGUGUGUGGUGGAGGGCUGGUGUUCUGAGUCUGAAGCCAAAGAGUUUUCAUCCUCUAGUGUGUGUUUGUGUAUGUACCCCCAGAGUGGGCCCCUUGGCUCCACAGCUGCCUGUACCCCUGGGACUUGGCUAGAGUCCUGGCUGGAGGCCCAGCCUGAGGGCUUUCCCUGGGGUUUUGUUGGACUUGGCAGCCACUGUCCCCAGGGGUGAUGUUCCCUUUUUACCUCUGCUUCUCACAAGGCCUCACCUCCUGUGUGAACUGUAGACUUAGACCCCUGUACAGUGCUGUUGGGGUUGUGACACUGAAUGGGGGUGUCACUUAGGUGGUUUCUAAGCACAGGGACGCCCCACACCCACCACCGUCCUAGGCACUGCUACUUACCUCCUCCCACAUUCAUGCUCCCAACAAACCCCAGGUCCUCUGCACUGGAACUCCCCAUUUUGCUCAUAGCUGCCUUGGCUACACCCCUGGGAGAGUAGAUUUUGGAGUCUGACUCUUGGGCUCCAAUCCAGGCUGUGUGAUCUGGAACAAGUUAAUCUCUGGGAACCUUGGGUUUCUUAGUUUCAGAAAAGGGAUUGACAGGUUGGGUGGGGGUGUGGGGGGGAAAUGAAAUAAAACUGAAAAAAAAUGUGUCCUGUAUUUGUCACGCAAAAGUUA